AGCUUAUCUCAAAGUUUACGGAUUCGAACCUGGAACCCCAUAAAUAAAUAAAAGCACCUAUAUUGCUAAAUUACCAACACAAAAUUAAGCACCACCAAACUCCAAAACAUGGUAUUGUUACGCUCAAAAACAACUAGUGUCUUCCUGUUAAUCUUUGUUGCGUGUUAUAGUUGUAGCCCCCCAGAGGAACCCAUCAAAUGCUCAUCAGAGAAUACAAACUGUACCAUCACAAACUCCUAUGGUGCCUUCCCGGAUCGAAGCACUUGUCGAGCAGCUGAGGUGGCGUACCCCACCACUGAGCAAGAGCUCAUUUCAAUAAUGGCAGAAGCAACCAAGAACAGAAGGAAAAUGAAAGUGGCAACAUGUUUUUCACACAGCAUUCCCAAGCUAGUUUGUCCAGACGGCCAAGAAGGGCUGUUAAUAAGCACCAAGUAUCUUAAUCAUAUGUUAAAGAUUGAUGUUGAAGCUAUGACCAUGACCAUAGAGAGCGGUGUGACAUUGAGGCAGCUAAUCAAUGAGGCUGCCAAGGCCGGUCUAGCCUUGCCUUAUACACCAUAUUGGUGGGGUUUGACAAUUGGGGGCCUAUUGAGUACUGGUGCACACGGUAGCACAUUGUGGGCUAACGGAAGCUCGGUCCAUGAUUACCUUCUGGAACUUCAAAUUGUUAGUCCUGGUGGCGCUGAAGAUGGUUAUGUAAAGGUUCGGAGGCUCAAAGAUGGUGACAAAGAUUUCAAUGCAGCUAAAGUUUCACUUGGAGUUCUUGGAGUCAUUUCACAGGUCACUCUAAAACUACAACCCCUCUUCAAGAGAUCCAUCAUCUACUUGACAAAAAAUGAUUCAAACUUGGGAGAUCAAGUGGCUAGUUUUGGUCAUCAACAUGAGUUUGCGGAUAUAAUUUGGUAUCCUAGUCAACGCAAGGCAGUCUAUCGUAUCGACGAUCGUGUCUCCACAAACACAUCUGGCAAUGGUCUAUACAAUUCAAUCUCAUUCCGCCCCAUACCUUCACUCGAACUGGGCUCUAUCAGAACCUUAGAGGAACUUCUAGAGCACCUGAGUUAUGCCAAUGGGAAGUGCGCCAGUGCAAAAAAAAUUACUUCAAAACUCCUGAAUACUGCUUAUGGUUUAAGUAACAAUGAUGACCACUUUACGGGCUAUCCCGUUGUUGGAUUUCACAACCGCCUUCAAGCAUCAGGAACAUGCCUAGAUAGCCAUCACAAUUCAGCUUGUGCAUGGGAUCGCAGAGUCAAUGGUGCUUUUUUUCACCAAACGACAUUUAGUAUUAGCUUGUUCCUGGCUAAGAGCUUUAUCCAAGAUGUGCAGAAGUUAAUUGAAAUGGAGCCUAAAGCAAUGUGCGGUGUAGAAUUGUAUAACGGAAUUCUCAUGCGCUAUGUUAAGGCUUCGAGUGCUUAUUUGGGCAAACAAGAAGAUGCAGUUGACUUUGAUAUCACUUAUUAUCGAAGCAAAAACCCCAUGACUCCUAGGCUUUAUGAAGACAUACUCGAAGAAGUUGAGCAACUCGCUCUUUUCAAGUAUGGAGCACUGCCACAUUGGGGAAAGAAUCGAAACCUAGCAUUUGAUGGAACAAUCAACAAGUACAAAAAUGCUAGAGAAUUUUUGAAGGUUAAGGAGGUGUAUGAUCCCUUUGGCCUCUUCUCUAGUGCAUGGACAGACCAAAUUCUUGGAUUGAAAAAUGGUGUAACCAUAGCUAAGGAGGGGUGUGCAUUGGAGGGGUUGUGUAUAUGUUCAGAAGAUAUUCAUUGUGCGCCCAAGAAGGGCUAUUAUUGUAGACUAGGCAAAGUAUACAAGGAUGCAAAGGUUUGUACUCGUAUAACUUCUAAGAUAAAUAUAUGUGAUGUCAGCUAACAGUGGUGAAAUCUGUUAGCUGAAAUCAAGAUUUCACCUUAGGAGGCCCAAAUUUUAAUUUCUUGGCAUAUUAAAUAAAUGUAAAUUUCACUUC